UGUUUUGUGCGCGAAUAAAAGUGAAUUAAAUAAACUCGUUAUAAAUGCCCGGAUAUAGUGUCGAUCGGUUCCCGGAGCUGUCGGCCGACGAUCGGGACGAAUACACGUGUAGUAUAUGUCGGCAUAUAUUUGACACUCCGGUCACCACAACCUGUUGUGGGCAAACAUUUUGCGAGAACUGUAUCACUGAAUGGCUUAAGACUAACACUACCUGUCCUUACGAUAGAAAACCACUGACGACGGGUGGCUUUUCUCGAUCAGCUAGACUGAUAGUGAAUACUUUGGGUCGUUUUAAAAUUCAGUGCGACUACUGGGCCUACGGGUGCCGGGAAGUCGUCAAACUGGACCACUUGCCCAAACACACAGUCAACUGUAGUUAUAAGUGCGAUGUGUGUCCAAAGUGUCACUGCGAGCGCACACCGGGACACGACUGUAUUAGCUCACUAUUGGCCCAAAACAACGAGUUGAAAAAACAAUUAGAAAACGAACGGGUGAUUAACCGGGCGGCGCAAUACCUGGACAAUUGCACCUUGGUUGAUUCGCGCGACACAUCCCAGCGAGUAGUGUGCGCAGAAGGCCACGUAGAGUUGACACCGGGUCACGAGUGUUUGCAGGCAUUACAGGCACACCGGCGCGACUCCCAGGUAGAGAUCGCAGCGUUACAACAGGCGUUGCGCGACGCGUUAGAAAGUGCCAAGUUGCCUCAAACCUUGGGCCAUCAUCAAUUACUUGUCGCCUGUAAGCGAGACCUGUCGGCCACGACAUACCAUAUGUUGAAUAAUAAUAUGAACGACAAAAUGACAAAUAACACCCUGGCCAUAAUCCGAGCGCAACUUAUUAAACAGACUAGUUUAUACCUGGUGUGCAAACGUGUGUGCGAACAAAUGGACCUGGAGUACGGCACCAGUUGGCACUGUAUGGCCUAUGAUAGCGUUGCUGCCCGGACCUACUCUGCGUCAUUAAUUAGUCCUUAUUUGAUGACGGUCAAAUUUGGCCCGAUCACAGUGCUGGUGUACCGCACCGAUACAUUAAAUGUGUCAAACCUGAAGGCACGGAUCAAAUGCAACAAAAUUGGUCAAAAGAUAGAUGUGUUGAAGAAGAAUAUGGCCACAAAUAUGGUGGAGUCGGUUAAGGCGAUCACGUUUAACGCCAUCGCCCGGUCGGACACAAUGGAAGACAUCGCCCUUUAUAUUGUCCGUAAAAUGGACGCUAAGUAUAAGGAUAUGAACUGGCAGUGCAUCGUAUCGAUGGUGGACGGCAACAACAGCUAUCUGACCACCGCCACCAAGAUUUAUUAUAAUGUAGAUCAGCUCAAUAUAUUUUUGUAUAGUAUCAAAAGUAUCAAAUAA